AUGUGGACCGUGGUAUUUUUUUAUCAAAAUUUUCAAAAUUGGCAAAAAUUCAUAAGUUUAAUCAUCUCUAGAUUCUCAAGUUUUUGAAAAUUUUUAAAAGUGGGCGGUCUUUUCGAACAACUCUUAUUGAACACACCAGAGUUCGCAGAGAAAAGAAAAAAAAUAGGCCUUGACAGCGAGAAGUGACGUGAUAACAGAGCUAAACAACAUAUUUACGAAGAGCGUCCUAGAAAAUAUAAAUACUAUCCGACGACUGACGGACUAUCGAUUUUUCCCCUCAUUCGUGACUUACCUCCAGUUGAAUUUGUCGGGUUGCAACUUAUUCGAAAAAUUUCAGAAUACAAUGCUUUCCCGCACCCCAAUCGUCGCCGAGACUUCAACUCGCGUUUUUGUCCAUUCCCAACGGCUGUUACAUGUUCGUAAUGGGAUCUUUUUUUUUUUGCAAUAACUCUUGAUCGAAGCUUUUCAGAACAGCAACAAAGGUAUUAUCGGCAAUGCCAUCGACAAAACCAUGGAACUGGCGUCGGAAGCCACCGAUAAGCUCAAAGACGCCUACAAGACCGUCGUUGGCUCUGAACAAGCAGGCGAGGCAACUCAGCGUUACGCCAACGCUGCCAUGAACAAGGUUUUCAUUAUACAUUCUUUCCCCCGACUCAAUUUGCAUUCAAAGUCGUUUUACGCAUCACUUUACACUUGAAUGACGCUUCCUUGAAAUUCAAUAUCAAUUCCUAUUCCUUUCUACAAAAUCUAUGAGGUUGAAAGACUUGAUUCAUUAGAACGCGCAGUUGCGCGACAAACACGGCAACCAGUGGAAAGACGUGAAGAGCCGGUGGAACGGCGCCCAAGAAGCCGUCGAGAAGCACAACCGAUUCGACAAGAAGCUCGAUGACGAGACUUUCUCCGGCCAACGGAAGGUUUUCUCCCUCCUUAUAGCACGUUCUCAAGUCACACUGAUUCAGAUAAACCACGUCAAACAUCAGAAUUUGAAGAUGGAGCCAGCCAAAUCCGAAAACAGAAGAAUUUGA